GUGUUUGCGUCGGGGUGAAACGGUUCUGCGGUUCUCAGUGUGUUUUUUUGACCUUUGAUCAGAACAAACAUGGCGUCGGUCAGCAGACAGACGAGGCGACUCUUCUUCAUACGACUCCUCAUCGCCUCUGUCCCAGCAUGCACUGGGCUCCCCGGAGAAGGCGUGUUCGUGAGCGGGCCCGAGGCCGGCGGGUUCCUGCAUCGCACCCGCCGGGCCAACUUCCUGUUUGAGGAGCUGCGGAGGGGCGACCUGGAGCGGGAGUGUCUGGAGGAGAAAUGUUCGUACGAGGAGGCUAAGGAGAUCUUCGCCAUGCCUCAGCAGCUGGAGGCCUUCUGGAGGCUCUAUACAGCGGUGGAUCACUGCCUGUCGGCGCCCUGUAAGAACGGCGCCACCUGCACUCGCCAGGAGGACACCUAUGUCUGCAAAUGUCCGCCUGGUUUCCAUGGAAAUGACUGUGACAAAGUCCGCCAGAUGUCCCACAGCUGUCGCUAUAGAAACGGAGGAUGCGAACAUUUCUGCCGACAGUUUCCGGAUCGUACCUUCGAGUGUUUCUGCGCUCCAGGAUACCGUCUGGACCAGGACGCCAGCAGCUGCCUGCCCCAAGAUGAAGUGACCUGUGGACGACCUGUGACCUUCCCCACCCCCCGGGUCAUCAACGGGAAGACAUGUCCCAAAGGACACUGUCCAUGGCAGGCGCUCCUGACUGAGCGUGGCGUGUUCACCUGUGGAGCCAUCGUCCUCUCAGACCGCUGGAUGCUGACGGCGGCUCAUUGUGUUUGGGGUAAACCCGCCUCCGUGUUAAACGUCACCGUCGGAGAACACGACCUGAAGGAGGAGGAGAAGACGGAGCAGAGGCGCCGCGUGGUCAAGGUGCUGGUCCACGCGGGCUACAACAAGUCCAGCUCCGACAGCGACCUGGCCAUGCUGAAGCUCCGCCGCCCUGUCAAACUGGGGCGCUACGUGGUUCCCGUCUGCCUCCCUGCCCGCAACAGCACCUUCAGCCGCACGCUGGCCACGGUCCGCCACUCCACCGUUUCCGGCUGGGGCCGCCUGUCGCGCUUUGGCCCAGCCGCCGGCGUGCUGCAGCGGCUGGAGCUGCCGCGUGUCCCGCUGCAGGAGUGCCGCCUGCACACCAGGCUCAACAUCACCAGGAACAUGCUCUGCGCCGGCCUCAAGUCCGGCGGCCGGGACGCCUGCGAGGGAGACAGCGGCGGGCCCCUGGUGACCCGCUACAAGAAGACCUGGUUCCUGACGGGUGUGGUGAGCUGGGGGAAGGGCUGCGCCAACGAAAACCUCUACGGCGUCUACACCCGGGUCAGCAACUUCCUGGACUGGAUCAACGACAUCCUGCUCCGCGGCUGAGACCCCGCGGAGACACUGAGACCGGGUCCGGAGGACGUUUGUCUCCUACAGACGGAGAACCAGCAGAACAGUUAGAGAUGUGAAUCUUUGAGAGUAAAAACAGAAAAUAAAGAAGUCAGACACUCUUACUUCAUUUCUGUCCUGUGAGGUGUGAAUGUGAGCUCA